AUGCGUGAAGUCAUCGACGAAGCGUUACAAACUCUUUACUGGGCUUGUAGGGAGGGUCGGGGAUUCCCCGGAACAGUACCUGAUGAGAGUAGUGGUCAAGUUUCCACGGACGCUAUCCUUCGUGGUUUGGGGCUCACGCCUCCAGUUGUGGAACGAAUAGGAGCCGGUAGUUCUGCGUCGAAGAGAGUCGCAGACGAGUCCGACGGCGCGCCAGAGAGAUCGUAUCAUCCACCCGAUAUACCUUCCGAUUAUCGGUCCAUGAAUGAAAAUUCCGUGAGACAAAUGCAACCAUCAGAUAGACCGGACAACCCUGCUGUCGAUGGUGGAAUUGGUCAGCAAGAAUACAAACCCUUGAACGCAAGGGAACGAGUCGCUCCAAAUCAUGACCUGGUACCAGAUAGUCUUGAUCCACGGUUUAGGGUUCUGUUGGACGGCGACUUUGAUCCUGAUAUUUUCCAUCAUGACAAUGAUGGGACGAUGGAUCUCGGUCAUGUCGAGUCCGCCGACGUGAGCAAUCUCGACCUCCAUUCGAGGACUCAAUGGAGCCAGAGAUACGGUUAUAGGUCGAGGGAAUCGAAUAAUGAAUAUCAGGAGUCCAUGGUGCGAAGGGAUAAUUCUAGAAAGGGUCGUGAGAAUGCGAAUUGGGAAAGCGAUGCUGUACCGAAAUCGAGCGAGACGUUACCAUGGCCAGGGACACUGGCGGCCGUAUCUCGCGAUAAGAAGGGGGGCACACGUAGUGGCUUCCAACCACCACCAAAUCAAUGA